AUGGCUGGAAAGACCCACCCUGUGCCAGGAGGGUGGACAGAGAGCUUCAGCCAGAGGUCGGAGCUGGUAGUCCAUGAGCAGCUUCAUGAUGGGGAGAAGCCCUACAAGUGCUUGGAGUGUGGGAAGAGCUUCAGCAAGAGCAGCACCCUGAUCCACACUGGGGAAUGGGCCUAUGAGUGUGGGGAGUGUGGGAAGGGCUUCAGCUACAGAUCCACCCUUGUGACCCACCAACGCAUCCACACUGGGGAGAGGCCCUAUGAGUGUGCCCAGUGUGGGAAGAGGUUUCAGAGCAGCUCCAACCUCCUCCAGCAUGAGCGGAUUCACACAGAGGAGAGGCCCUUUCGCUGCCCCGACUGCAGGAAGGGCUUCAAGCGCAACUCCCACCUUGUCAGGCACCGGUGCAUCCACACUGGGGAGCGGCCCUACAAGUGCCCCCAGUGUGGGAAGAGGUUUCAGACCAGUUCCCAUCUCCUCCUGCAUGAGCGGAUCCACACCGAGGAAAAGCCUUUCUGCUGCCCCGACUGCGGGAAGGGCUUCAAGCAAAACUCAAACCUCGUCAGGCACCAGCACAUCCACACCAGGGAGAGGCCCUACGAGUGUCCCCAGUGUGGGAAGAGCUUCACCCAGAGCUCUCACUUGACCAGACACCAACGGAGCCACCGAAUUUCCCAUUCCCAAACCCACUGCCAGAUGGAGAAGGCUGCAAGGAAGAGGAAGAUGUCCCGAGACACUCAGGCAGACAACAAGCUGAGAAUAGAGACCAGGGAGGACAAAUCCCCAUGGCAGAACCUCGUGGAAGAGGCAGAUUUGAGUGGCUCCAUGGCACAGGAAUCUAACAAAGAGGAAAAUUCCCUGAGAUCCUGCAGGAGGAAGGGCUUCAAACCCAGCCCAGGGUGCUCUGAGAAGGAAAGACACACCCUGUGCCAGGAAGGUGGACAGAGCUUCAGGCAGGGCUUGGAGAUGCUGGUCCAUGAGCAGCGUCCUGAUGGGGAGAAGCCCUACAAGUGCCUGGAGUGUGGGAAGAGCUUCAGGCAGAACAACAUCCUGAUCCGCCACCAGAUGAUCCACACUGGAGAGAGGCCCUAUGAGUGUCCUGAGUGUGGGAAGAGGUUUCACACCAGCUCCAAUCUCCUCCGCCACCAGCGGAUUCACACAGAUGAGAGGCCCUUCCACUGCCCUGACUGCAGGAAGGGCUUCAAGCAAAACUGCAACCUCGUCACCCACUGGCGUAUCAAUACCAGGGAGAGGCCCUACGAGAGUCCCCAGAGUGGGAAGAGCUUCAGCCAGAGCUCUCAUUUGACCAAACACCAACAGAGUCACCAGUAAGGGAAAACAUGCAAAUGUCCCAACUGCAGGAAGAACUUUGUGCACUGCCCCAGCUUCAUCCCACAUGGGUGAACCCAUGUUGGGAAGAGCCCUGGUGAUCCGUGUUCAUGUGAUCCAUGCUGGGAAGACACCUGUCCCUCCUCCUGCCCCUGCCAAUGACAUGAUGGGACACCAAAGAUCAUGAGGGUCUGGCCAGGGCUGUGUCAUUACAUUCUCUCCCACCUCAGGUCAUUCCAUGGGCAGGAAAGGGAAUUUCCCUCUCCCUUGAAGAGGAGGGUGUCCUUUCCAGGCAAGAGGAAAUACAUGGCCAGGUAGAGCCAGUUGUUGUUGUUGUAGUUUUCCCCAUGAAUACUUUUUCUUAUCCCUUCUGUUAUCAAUAUUGUUUCUGUUUCUUCUUUAUCUCGUUGCUGUUCCAAAUAAAUUGUUCUUACACCAUC